ACAUAAUUUGACACAAUGCAGUGCGCAGCGUCUAAGUGCGCAUGAUCAACACCAUAAUUAAACCUCCACCCAUGGAGACUCCAUGCCUCUGCCUCUGGUCUAUAUUUUAAUUACACUCAGGUCAAUAGACGGAAAUCAAAGAAAUUAUUAUAUUAAGUGCUUUGUUUAAUAUUAUAAGUAAUCAUGUCUAGUGCACACGAAGAUACAAAAAUUGUAUUCAAGAAGAAAAGUCGUAAGCCUUUAAGAAAACGUAGGAAUUCGUCAGAUGAAAGUAAUCAGGAUGACAAUGAAGAAGGGGUUAGAUCAAAAUUAGAAGAACUCAAAACAAUCCAAAAACUUCGAGAACGGCCAAAUGGAGUGAAUAUUGUUGGAUUGGCAACUGGAGAAACUGUUUCUGUUGUGGAAACAAUAAUGACAGACCCUUUUAAUAUAAAAACGGGUGGAUUGGUUGAUAUGCAAGCUUUGAAAAAUGCUAAAUCAACCAAAAGUGAUGCAUAUGACACCGGAAUUGGUACUCAAUUUAAUGCUGAGACAAACAAACGGGAUGAAGAUAAAGAAAUGUUGAAAUACAUAGAGGAAAAUGUUGCAAGAAGAAAAAAUAAAAAUAAAAUUGACACAGAAAAAGAUGAAAGCAAAAGUAAACCACUCUAUUGUUCUCCAGAAGAAGCAGCUUUCCAAGCAGUACCAGAGCAUUUAAGACAAAGUUCAUCACAUAAAAGUGAAGAAAUGUUAUCAAAUCAGAUGCUGUCUGGUAUUCCGGAAGUAGACCUUGGCAUUGAAACAAAAAUUCGUAAUAUUGAAGCAACAGAAGAGGCAAAAAUGAAACUUCUGUGGGAGCGUCAUAAAAAGAAGGAUAGCCCUUCACAGUUUGUACCAACUAAUAUGGCUGUAAAUUUUGUGCAACAUAACAGAUUUAAUAUUGAAGAUCCAAGUGCUCAAAAGAGAAAGCAAGACGCAAUUUUGCAAAAGAACGCCGCGCGUUCAUCAAAUCCAAGAGAUAAACGAAAAGAUGGGGUAGACGAGAAAGCUACAGAUGACUAUCAUUAUGAAAGAUUUAAAAAACAAUUUAGGCGAUUUUAAUACAUGAUGUUAGAACUUUGUAAUAUUACUUUUUGUACUUGGUUCUGACAAUGAAGUUAAUUUUGAACAAUACACUGAAAGUUGUAAAUAAGGAUGUAAAUAUUGUGAUAAAAAGUGAAAUAAAAUUAAUUUCUG